CACGAGAAUCGAUCCAAUACCGACAUACCCUCGGUGUCGUCUGACGUCAACGGAAGACAACAGAAGUGUUGAAAAUCUCAGUUGGCUAAAGCGACAACUGCUGGAUUUGUUUUUUUUUAUUUGUACAACUUUAUUUGUACUACGUACUUUCUGCAAUGACGGAAGACGACCUGUACACAGUCUACAAGGGGGUCUUGUUGCCCACCCUCAUUCACCCUCCACAGAGUCUCAGGCGCUACGAAGCUUUCACUUUCCGACCAGAUGAUAUUCUCAUUGUGACUUACCCCAAAUCAGGUACGACAUGGAUGCAGGAGAUUGUUCCCCUCAUCGUGAGCGGAGGAGAUCCUGCUUCGGUGGAGACCCUCCAUAACUGGGAUCGUGUUCCCUGGCUGGAAGAGGCUCGUAGUUGCAGUCUCGAUCUUGACGCCAGGCCCUCUCCACGCAUGUUUACAACACAUUUCCUGCACCAUAUGAUGCCACCAUCGUUCUUUCAAGUUCGACCAAAGGUCAUCUAUGUCAUGAGGAACCCCAAAGAUGUAUUUACUUCAACCUUCCAUUACCAUCGGAUGGCCUCCUUCCUGCCUGACCCCGAGCCACAGAGCAACUUUCUUAACAAGUUCCUUGAAGGAAAAGUUAUGUUUGGCUCCUGGUUUGACCACAUUAAGGGCUGGCUGAAUGAUAGAGAGCGGAUUUUUUACAUCUCCUACGAAGAGAUGACAAAGGAUCUGAUUGACUCUGUGGCUAGAAUUGCUGUGUUCUUGGAGAAAUCUUUGGACAAUGUCAUGAUCGAGAAGAUAGCAGAGCGGUGCCGGUUUGAGAACAUGAAGAAGAACAGCAUGUCCAACUACUCCGCAGUUCCCAAGGAAAUCAUGGACGACACAAAGUCUGAAUUUCUCAGGAAAGGAAUAGCCGGAGACUGGAAAAACCAACUAACAGCAGCAGAAGCAGAGCAUUUUGAUGCUGUUUACAAAGACAACAUGAAAGAUGUUGAUUACAAAUUUGCUUGGGGAUAAAAGCAAAACUUAUUGUGGGCAAGGUGCCAAAUGUAACCACAUACAAUCAAUCAAAUACUAAUGAAAUCAAUUAGCAUAAAAUUAAAUCAAACAAAAAAAGCACAACACAAAGUUAAACACACAAAAAUAAGUCAUUUGUUGCUAAUUUCAUACUAAAUGUGCAUUGUAUAGCAUUGCAUUUACAGUACAUAUUUGUUAUUUGCCCCUCCUCGGCCAGUACUAAUAUUUAUUGCGUCUCAUCUUAAACCUAGAACAAGUAAAAAAAAUAUUUUAAAAAUUGUUCCAUUACACAGAAUAUAUAUGUGCACAAAAUAAAUGCCAUGUCGUUCAACGUAAAA